AUGACUUCUAAUCCUCCGGGCCUACGGCUAGCGCAGCUACCAUUACUCAUUUGGCAGUUUACUGAAAGCAACUUUCCCACCUUUGUGCUCCCAAACUCCAGCUUCGGGCUACUUGCAGCCUCAGCGGCACCCCUGCUGACUGAUCGACCUUGUCGACUGUCUCUCGGUCUAUUUCUCGUCCGAGGGCUUCAGGUUGUGCUUUUCAAUUGGGCCAAUGUAUUUAUUUUUGAUCUGGCCAACCAGCGGUUGCCCGAGUCCAUAUGCGAAGAUCGACUCAACAAACCAUGGCGGCCGCUACUCACCCGGCGCAUUAGCCCCGACGGGACUCGCCGAUUGAUGUUAGUAGCCAUCCCCAUGGCUUUGGCCCUCAGCGCCGCACUGCGGGUGGGGACCGAGAGUGCGCUGAUUCUGGUCCUGACCUGGCUUUACAACGACCUGCACGGGGGUGACGAGAUUAUCCGGGACGUGAUCAUUUCCUUCGGGUACGGAUUAUAUCUGACUGGUUCUCUACGAAUUGCCAUCGGCCCGGGCUACCAUAUCACGGGGCAAGGGUAUCGCUGGAUCACGAUGGUCAGUGGUGUUGUUCUCACCACGAUGCAGGUUCAAGAUCUCAAAGAUCAGACGGGGGACCGCGCGCGAGGCCGGAAGACUCUCCCCAUCGUGCUGGGAGACACGCUCUCGCGAUGGAGUAUCACGAGCUUUCUCUUUUUCUGGAGCGUGCUCGGCGCCUUUUUCUGGGACAUUCCACCGUGGGGGUAUGCGCUGCCGGUGCUGACAGGGGCUUGGGUAGGAUUCCACGUGGUAAGCAGGGCUAACGACGCGGCCGCCUGGAGAUGGUGGUGCCUGUGGCAAAUUGUGAUAUAUGCUUUGCCAGGGAUGGUCGCACUGCGGAACUUGCGAUGA